CGGGGAAGCAGAAGACGGCUCUCUGUCUGCACCAGGUCCAGCAGCACCAGCACCAGCACCAGCAAUGUGUCUUGACGCAGACUCCCCCACACACUCGGCGAGCCCGAGCCCGCUGCCCCUCUCGCUCUCGCUCUCCCACUGUCUCUGCGGCGUCGGGCUGCCGUCGCCAACCCCGUCCUACACAUCCACGUCCACGUCCGCGUCGUCCUCCGCCAGCACCAGCACCGCACUCACCCCCACCACCAAGCCGCUCGUCUUCGUCACCAACACCGUCCACCGCAGCCGCCUCCAGAAGCCCCGGGACGUCACCUUCAUCAUCCGUGCCUUCGUCAAGUACGUCCAGCAGGCCAGGCCGCCCCCCGCCGCCGACGCCGUCCGCAACACCGCCCACACCAACGCGCUGCUGCUCGACCGCCACAUGCACGACUUUCUCACCACCCUCAACAUCAUCGGCUACAACCUCCCCGCCCGGCCCGUCUCCUACUCCGUGCGCAUCACUCUCGCCUUCCACGGCCCCUUCCUGCUCCCCCGCCGGGCCCGCCGUCCCCACACACCCUCCGCCCCCCGCUACCGCUGCCACGCACACAUCGACCUGGCCUUCUUCAGCACCCGUCCCGUCGACCCCGCCGCCGUCGCCGACCUCGACCGCCUCGUCGUCGCCUACUUCGUCCACAACCCGCAGCUGCUCCGCUUCGCCCGUCUCCACCUCCCCAGCCCCUGGAUCCUCAACACCGUCCACGUCAACACCGCCUGCUUCGAUGCCCACCGCUAGACUUCCCUCUCCGGGCCUUUAUACAAUGCAUGUCUAUCUACUUCUUCCUAACACAGCUUCCGUCUCUU